AUGAUCCUUUCACUGAAUCGUCAAAGGCAAGAGACGAGGAGGCUGAGAGAUGUUCCUGAGGAAUCUGAGAGGAUAACUGCGGUUCAAGGACUGAGGCGAAACGUCGGAGCUACGGCUGGACCGGAGGAGUUCCACCGUGCUUCACCACUAGAGAGAGAGCAAGCAAGAGCAGCUGGGGUUUCACAUUUCGGGUCGAAUGGUUGUCUGAUUCCACAGGUGGAGUUUGUGGAUCCUGUUGGAAACAGACUUGGGCUUCAGGAUGCCAAGACCCAUUCGACAGCAAGAGUUAGAAAGACAGGCUUGGACCAGCGAUCUGGUAAUGACUCAAGUGGAGGUUGUUGCAUCUCCAAGGACAAAGAGGAAAAGGAAACAAGAAGAAAAGGAAACAAGGGAUCUAUAUAA